ACGCGUUGUCACGUUGGCAUUGCGUUUGCGUUCUCAAAUCUCAAUUAGUCUCAGUCAGUGACUCGUCGGAUUUCAUUGGGGUAUCUACGUAGCCGUGCGCGUUGUCCCCCUUGCAGCAGUUGUUACUGUCCACAAUUUUCUUUCUAUUUAAAUUGCCACUUGAAUACGAUUGAAACCGGUUAGUCAAACAACCCCUUUCUCCUAUUAUCUCCAGCCUAGUCGAGUUUAGACUCUGUGUGUCGAUUUUAAUUACACGUCUUACCCCCACGUUCUCCUGCAUCUCUGCUCUUGAGGGCGUCACUUGCAAUUUUUGCAGCUAUAUAUUUCCAAGGAACACCUUUUAUUUGUCGUAUGUCCAUCCAGAAUCUAAACACUUUUGACCCCUUUGCAGAUGCAAAGGUCAAAAACGGCAAAGAAGAGGAUGUCCGGGACGGCCUCGUGCACAUAAGAAUCCAGCAGCGAAAUGGUCGCAAAACUUUAACCACCGUUCAGGGCCUCUCGUCUGAAUAUGACUUGAAGAAAAUUGUACGAGCAUGUAAAAAGGAGUUUGCCUGCAAUGGGACUGUAAUUGAACACCCUGAAUACGGGGAGGUAUUGCAGCUGCAGGGGGAUCAGCGAGAAAAUAUAUGUCAGUGGUUAACAAAAUCUCAACUGGCUAAACCUGAGCAAUUGAAGGUUCAUGGUUUCUAAUUGACGAAACGGACAAAAAAACAUCCAUGUCACAACAAUCGAAAAAACUACUCCACCUUUACUGUUUUUAAAUUGAUAAUAGUAAAAAUAACCGUAAUCAUCUGAAAUUCUUUGCAUCAGUCACUAUUAUUCUUGUUGCUACUACUUGUGGAUGAAUUCCCAUCACAUGUGUGCAUGUAUAUUUCAAUAAAAAAAAAGUUUACCAAGUAUAUAACAAUACCGAUAUAAGCUUAGGCUCAAUACUAUUUUAAUCUGUUAGCAAUUUUAUAUAAGAAAAGAAAAUUGUAGGGAAGAAGCAAUAUUCCACAGCCUUAUGUUAGAUGAUCUGACGUGGACGAUUAAGAAGAUUACAAAGACAACGCGAACUCAUUUUGUGUAAUAGGGAUAAACAAAACUAGACAUUUCUAAGAGAAUACGUAAUAAAGCGAUAAACACUUUGUGGCGAAUGGAUUUUCAUUUUGAUUGUAGAUAAUAUGUAUUUGGACGCAAUUGAUGUGUUCAGAGAGUUAUAAAUUAUUUAUUUUCUUAGGGCUCAAAUUAGCUUUUUCUUUUAUUAUUGUAACUCCAUUACUUUUCAACUUGGUGGAAAUUGUUUUAUUUUUUACACAAUAUUAAGCAUAUAUAAAGACAUGAAGGACGUAGUUUCUGCGAAAUCACGAUGUUGAAUGACUAAAGAGUCAUAGGUUCUCUCAACUUUUGUGCCUUUAAGUCUGCAUCGAUUUAACACAUACUUUAUUUAGUGAACACUUGACAAGUUUUUUUUCUAUAUAAUGUUACGCGAUGCGACUCGUUUUUAAAAACAAGUGUUGAUAAAUAAAUCCUUUGUUUCUCUUUUUCCAUUAAAUGUGGCUGUUCUAGAUAAAUAAAUGGCAAUUCACCAAAAUUA